GAGGUUCUCGUUUGACUCCAUGUACAAUUAAUCCAGGCGAGGACAUACAAGAACACACCAAGCGCACCGAUCGAAAAUUAAGCAAGCUCGCCGGAAAUGCCGACUACUCCUACCCCUACCGAGCACAGCUGUGAGGCUCAACCCGGGCUGCGGCCGCCGCCGCCGCCGCUGAGCCAUGAGGACAACCGCCGCUUCCUGCAGAUGCUCCGCCAGAACAAGGAAAGUCUUGGAGUCGCCGGGCCCAAGGUGGAGGUGCGAUUCCAGGACCUUGCCGUGGAGGCCCAGGUGCGCAUCGGCCGCCGGGAGCUGCCGACGCUGCUCAACUGCGCUGUCAACGCCGUCCAGGAUAUGGCAUCCUUUUUUCACAUGUGUUCUAGAAGGAAAAGAUCAAUCAAAAUCAUAAAAGAAGCAAGCGGCACAAUUCGACCAUCGAGGAUGACACUUCUUCUCGGAGCGCCCGGUUCUGGGAAAACAACAUUUUUGAAGGCAUUGACAGGAAAGUUGGAUUCAUCUCUAAAGCGCAAAGGAAAGAUCUUGUACAACGAAGAAGAAUUGAAUUCCUCAACACCUCAACACACGAAUGCUUACAUUAGCCAGUAUGAUCUUCACCAUGCUGAGAUGACUGUCAGAGAGAUAAUUGAUUUCUCGUCCAAUAUGUUGGGAACCAUUAAUGACUUUGAGAUGAUGGCACAAUCAGUAAGAAGAAAGCAAGGUGACAUCAAUGAAGUGGACCAAAAUCUUGACUCAUUUAUUAAGGCUACCGCAUUUGGAGUAGGAAGUAACCUUACAACAAACUAUAUUAUCAAGAUACUUGGUUUGUCUGAGUGUGCUGAUAUCCUAGUGGGGGAUGAGAUGAGAAGAGGCAUAUCGGGAGGACAAAAGAAAAGAGUAACAAUUGGAGAGAUGCUAGUUGGUCUAGCAAGAUGCUUCUUUAUGGACGAUAUUUCAACUGGUCUUGAUAGCACAACAACAUAUGAGAUAGUAAAAGUUAUACAACAAAUGGCUCAUUUAAUGGAUCUCACGGUGGUUAUUUCCUUGCUUCAACCACCUCCCGAGACAUUGCAAUUAUUUGAUGACAUAAUCCUUUUAUGUGAGGGUCAAAUUGUAUAUCAUGGUCCUCGAGAAAAUGCUACCGAUUUCUUUGAGUUCAUGGGAUUCAGAUGCCCCAAUAGGAAAGACAUAGCUGAUUUCCUUCAAGAGGUAACCUCAAAGAUGGACCAAAAGCAAUAUUGGAUUGGUGAGGAACAUAUGUAUCACUACCAUCCAAUUGAAAAAUUUACAGAAUCCUUCUAUUCGUCAUAUCUCCCUCGACUUGUACAAGACAAAAUAUUUGUGCCAAACAAUAGAGUAGAGAGGGAGGAUGCAAAAACUAGCUCAAGUCUCUCCAAAUGGAAUAUUUUCAAGGCAUGCUUUUCAAGAGAAUUACUUCUUCUGAAAAGAAACUCUCCACUACAUAUAUUCACGACCAUACAGAUAACAAUCCUUGCUUUGGUGGUAUCAACCCUUUUUCUUCGAACAAAUAUGAACCACAAAUCUAUUAGUGAUGCCAAUAAGUAUAUCGGAGCUCUCUUUUUGGCUGUUAUGAUAGUAAACUUCAAUGGAAUGGCUGAAAUUGCAGUAACAAUAAAGCGACUUCCCACUUUCUACAAGCAAAGAGACUUGCUAGCGUUGCCAGGAUGGGCAAUCCUUACUCCGGUUUUUCUUCUUAGUAUCCCAAUAUCUUUCGUACAAACAAGUCUUUGGACCAUAUUAACCUACUAUGUGAUUGGCUAUGCACCUUCCUUUAUCAGAUUCACGAAGCAUUUCUUGGUUCUUUUUUCCAUGCAUCAAAUGUCAAUGAGCAUGUGUCGCUUAUUAGCUGCGGUAGCAAGGACACUUGUAAUGGCCAACGUGCUUGCCACCACAUCUCUCGUAGCAAUCUUCAUAUUUGGAGGCAUCGUCAUUGCAAAAGAUGAUCUUCAACAAUGGUUACAAUGGGGAUAUUGGGCAUCCCCAUUCACCUAUGCACAAAGUGCAAUCUCCCUAAAUGAGUUCCUUGAUGAAAGAUGGGCAAUAGAAUUUCAUUACGAAAAUGUUAAUACCGUUGGUGAUGCUAUCCUCAAGAUCAGGGGGUUGCUCACAGAGUGGCACUGGUAUUGGAUUUGUGUCACUAUAUUAUUUGGAUUCUCAUUGGCCUUCAAUAUACUCAGUAUCUUUGCACUCGAGUUCAUGAACCCGCCACACAAGCAUCAAGUUAACAAAAGAGACAUGCAGGUAAUAACAGAGUUCACGAAUAAGAUAGUGGGAAUUGGCAGUGCGUCAAUUCCACCAGGUGUUCUUCCAUUUCGGCCUCUUUCCUUUGUAUUUGAUCAUAUCAACUAUUUUGUCGAAAUGCCUAAGGAGAUGAUGAAGUAUGGAGUAACCGAUAAAAGGCUUCAGUUACUACAAGAUGUUAGUGGUGCUUUCAGACCAGGGGUUCUAACAGCUUUGAUGGGAAUCACUGGUGCUGGAAAGACAACAUUGCUCGACGUUUUGGCUGGAAGAAAAACUGAAGGAUAUAUUGAAGGUACAAUCACAAUAGAAGGAUAUGCAAAGAAGCAGGAGACAUUUUCAAGGAUCUCCGGCUAUUGUGAACAAAGUGAUAUCCACUCACCUAAUCUCACUGUAUAUGAGUCGCUACAAUUUUCUGCAUGGCUUCGCUUGCCUUCAGAAGUUAAAUCAUGCCAAAGAGAUAUGUUUAUAAAUGAAGUCAUGGACCUAGUUGAGUUAACAGGAUUGAAGAAUGCCAUGGUGGGUCUGGCGGGAGCAACUGGCCUGUCGGCUGAACAACGAAAAAGGCUAACAAUGGCUGUGGAGCUUGUUGCUAGCCCUUCCAUUAUAUUUAUGGAUGAGCCAACCACUGGAUUGGAUGCUCGUGCUGCAGCAAUUGUCAUGAGGACAAUAAGAAAGACAGUAGACACUGGAAGAACAAUUGUUUGCACAAUUCAUCAGCCAAGCAUUGGAAUAUUUGAAGCUUUUGAUGAGCUUCUACUCAUGAAACGAGGUGGUCAGACCAUAUAUAGUGGUUCACUAGGUCGACUUUCUAGCAACAUGUCAAACUAUUUUGAGGAUAUCCCCGGUGUUCCUAGAAUAAAAGAUGGACAAAACCCAGCAUCAUGGUUGUUGGAUGUCACUUCACACACAACAGAAUACAAAAUUGGAGUGGACUAUGCAGAAAUUUAUCGAAACUCCUCCCUAUACAGGGAGAACAUGCUUCUUAUUGAAGAGCUUGGAAAACCAGCGCCAAACAUAGAAGAUCUACAUUUCCCUCCAAAAUAUUGGGUAAACUUUAGGGCACAAUGCAUUGCUUGCCUAUGGAAACAAAGAUGUGCAUACUGGAAAAACCCGGAGCAUAAUGUUGUUCGGUUCCUAAACACAUUCGUUCUAUCAAUUAUGUUUGGAAUUGUAUUCUGGCAAACUGGAUCAACCAUUAAACGACAACAAGAUAUAUUCAAUAUACUAGGGCUCAUAUACGGAUCAUCAUUGUUUCUGGGAUUCAACAAUUGUUGUAUCUUACAACCGGUUGUGGCAACAGAGAGGGUUGUUCUCUACCGAGAAAAGGCAGCAGGCACAUACUCUACCUCGGCCUAUGCCAUAGCUCAAGUGGCAAUUGAAUUGCCUUACAUGCUUGUCCAAUCCUUCAUAUUCGCGACAAUCGUAUACACAAUGAUUGGAUUCCAAAUGGCCGCCAAUAAGUUCUUUUGGUUUCUACUUUACAUGGUGUUAAGCUACAUGUACUACACACUCUUCGGGAUGAUGACGGUGGCGCUAACACCAAACAUUGAGAUAGCUUCAGGAUUGUCCUUCCUUAUCUUCAUCUUUUGGAACAUAUUCUCUGGCUUCAUCAUCGGAAGAGAGAUGAUCCCAGUCUGGUGGAGGUGGGUAUACUGGGCAAACCCCGCAGCAUGGACGGUGUACGGACUCAUGUUCUCCCAGCUUGGUGACCGGACGGAGCCAAUUCUUGUACCUGGACAACCAAACCAAACAGUGCGAGAGUUCCUCGAGGGCUACCUUGGACUUGAGGACCACUACUUCAACCUUGUCACGUACCUGCACUUGAUCAUCAUCAUGUUGUUUGCCGUUAUCUUCUUUAUCUCCCUAAAGUAUCUCAAUUUCCAACGGAGAUAACAUGAAUCAAUUAAGUGAUGUCAUGCGAACUACAAUUACACCAAGAGGCAAACCCACUUAAUUGUAUAGAUCUAAGAAAAUACAAUCACCCUUUUUUUGAACAUCGAACAAUCACCCAAUUGUAAGCACAAUAUCACAUGGAUUGUGAUUCAAGAGAAAAUGUGUAAGAAAUCAUAUGAUUUGUGUGAGAAGUU